AUGGUGACGCAGUGACUCGGUUACAGCUAGCAUCGCAGCUCGGGAUGCUAAGCUCGUGCAAACGCUCCUUUUAAAAAUGCCCCCCAGGUGUGUUCAUCCAUAACCGGGUUAUACCAGGUGAUGCACGGCCGCCGCAGCAUGAUGACCUUCCAGGUAAACGCGUCGCUGCCCACCGCUAAGGCUCUGACGUCGGACCGGGGGUCGAGUUGCAGCCACCCCGGCCCUGAGGCUCCAAGUCCGGCAUACAGGAGCUCCGGGAGGGGGGGAGACAACAUCAGGCGGAAACUGCCCCUCAUCCAGCCGCUGAGCAGGGCCCGGGACUGGAACACCUGGAGUGGGGGCUUCAUGGUGGGAGGGUCCCCUCACUCAGCCAGAGAGGACAGACUGCAGUCAGGGGACAAUGACAUCACCGGGAGACACUUCCUGUUCGAAAAACAAUGUGUGAGGCCGGAGAGGACCAGGACAGUGAUUCCCCCGCUGCAGAGACCUGGAUCCCUGCAUCCCUUCAGCCUCUCCAAUGAGCUUUCCCAGAGCCGGGGGGGGCGGCCCUUCACCCUGGGCUACGCCCCGAGGUACGACCUGAACUCUCCUCCUGCCAUCGUCUUCCCCUCCUCUCUGAUCCUCAGCGGCAGAAACUCCUUCUCAGUGGAGAGCUGCAAACUCAGCAGGCCCAAGGUGAACUACCCGACCUACAGCCUCCUGCACAGUAAAGACAAUCAAAAGAGUCCGUCCUACCAGGAGCCGGUGCUCGGAGCCUCUCGCUCGUUCCUCCACAGGAUCUCCGAGCUGUCCUCCCUGGAGGGGGAGACGGUGAGGCAGGAGAAGCUCAAGAAGAUGAGGAAACCUAAGAAACCUCCGUCCUGACAAUCACUUUCUCCCGAGUCACGCUGGUCGAGGAUCAAAACCCUGGAGUCUGUGCCAACGACGUCUGAACUAAAUAAAACUCGACAGGCGCCGUGUUCCUUCCAGUGGCUCUUCGUGACUGCCUGUGUGUCCUCGCUGGUUUUAGUGUUCUGCCUCACAUGGCUGGUUGUCACAUUUUGGGGUUCCUGACCUCAGCUUAGUUGAAUGACAUGUACUGUAGUAACUGCAGCAUUCACUAAAACAACCAGUGCUGAGGAUGGAUAUUUGAUAUUCUGGCAGUAGUUUCCCUCAACAUCUGCAUGAAAAGGUGUUUAUUAAUGACUGUUAUGUCACAUUUCUCACGGUAUCAUCAAUAUGUUACAGAUGCUGUCAGUGGAUCUCGUUACAACAGUGUUUCAAACAUCCCGUUCUAGUAAGUGAAAUAUCUAUGUACAUAUUUUAUAGUUUAGCAAAACCCUUUCUGUGCCUUGUUAAACGUCUUCCUUCAAUUAAAUACAUUUAUUUUGUUAUUGGUACUUCUUUUUCUCUUUUAUGAUUCAGUUAAUGACCAGCGAAGUCAUUUAAAUGCCUAGAAGAUUGCAAUGAAACAUAAUCUGAAUUCCUUAUCUACAAAACAGAUACCAAGCUGUGCCCCCAGAUCCCAGAAUGCGGUGCUUUCCCACAUUAUUCAUUGUCUUUUUGCCGUAUGUAGGGCCGGCUGUCUGACUACUCUUGUUCAUUGUGUUGCACAAAGACAACAGUCAUAACCUUUUCUUAUUCUGUCCAAAUAAGGCAUAAUGCAGCAUGUCGAAAAAACGAGUAAAAAAAUAGACAUGCUGUAUGAAGCCUUAUUGGGACAGAAGAGACCGCUCC